CGCAGAACGCUCAACGCUCAAAGGAGGUAGAAAUCAACGAUCUACAAAACCCUCAAAAGCUCCAACAUGUCCGAACCAGAGCACUUUCGCACCACUUACAACGAUGUUCAUAAUCUCAUCAAGAACGCUGCGCCCAAGAUCGCAGAGUUCAAGCCUGAUUUGUUCAUCGCCAUCGGUACAUCAGGAUUUUUCCCUGCACGCGUCUUGCGUACGUUCUUGAAAAACCCUGAUACUCAGAGAAACAUUCCGAUCUAUGCCAUCGGGCUUUCGCUUUACGAAUCGCUGCCCGGAACUACCGCGGAGCAGAUCGGCAACGAAGUCAUCAGGACGCAAUGGCUCGGCCCAGAGUCAGGCAGGGUUUUGCUUGGUCGGCGCGCGUUGAUCAUCGACGAGAUCGAUGACUCUCGCAAGACUCUCCAGUACGCAAUUGAAGAGCUGAAAAAGGAUGUUGAGCGCGAACUACUCACCCUGCCCGAGCCCGAACGUGAAGCCGCGCGCACCCAAUUCGCAGUCUUCGUAGUCCACAACAAGCUCAAGCCCAAGCUCGGCGCGAUUCCUGACGACGUGCCAUACUACGCCGGCGACGAGGUGGAUGACCUAUGGCUCGAUUAUCCAUGGGAGGCCAGCGACAUCGAGGAACACGAUAAGCUUGCCAAGGCGCAAAAGCAGUGACCCACAUAGAUCGAGAGGGAGGACGCGAACAAGAAGAUAUACUGAAGUGCUGCAUACAAGUGUGAUAAUGAUAGAGCUUUAAAA